GCUCGGCUCGGGGCGCUCCGCUCCGCCGCGCCCGGCCCUGGGCAAACAAAGGCCGGGCGCUGCCGGCCCACGGGCGGCCCCGCUGCCCCACGGCUGGCCCGGAGGCGGCCGCGGAGCCCCGGGACGGGAGGGAAGAGAAGGGCAGCGCUGCCGGAUUUGUCGCUUCCACCCCCGGCGUCUCCCCGUGGGGAUCACCCGGUUCUCCCCUGCCGGCGGGGGGAGGCGCUGCCUCUUCCUCCCGAAACCCCUGGUCCCGGGGGGGACGGGCAGGGAGAGCGCCGGUGGUGACCCCGUGCGGGACCCGCCGGGAGUGGCUGCGGGUGGGUUUCUGCUGGAGGGGCUCCGAGAGCAGCUCAGGGAGGAGGAGGCACCGCCAGGAAGUGCCUUUGCUUUCGUGAGGGAGCAGUGUUUGGCGGAGGGGCUCUGAAACCUGUUGGCUGCAGCGUCCCGGGCGAGGGAGGGACCACCCGGGUGGUUCAUUCUGUGCCUGGGACGGUGCUGCUGUCCCUGUGAGGUGUUCCCGUGUCCCCUGCACUCCUUCUGUAUGAGCUGCACAGGGAGCGUGUUCCUGCAUGGUCCGGGGCAUCUUCCAAACAGUUGUGGGGUUUUGUAUUUUUGAAGAGGUUGGCUUUUUUUUUAAAUUAUUAUCAUUUGAACUUUGGUAUGCUUCCAGCAUCUGUGGAGACCUUGUGAAUGAAUCCUGGCAACAACUGUAAAACAAAGACAAGAAUGUUUUCCCCACCCUGUUUGCCUUAGACUGGGGUGACCCAGUGACACGCUGUUUGUGGUAGUUUGGGUUGUGAGGUUGUGGUGUUCACUCUGGCCGGAGAAUGUUGUGUUGGUGGAGCCGAGCACCCUGAGCUCUUGGGAGAUCAGGGCCUUCUCUGGGUCAACCUGGCUGGUUUGUGGCAGUGAGCAACAGCUGAAGGAAAGGAGAGGACAGGCCAGCUCUAGCCGAGGAUGGAGGAGAAGGUGUACAUUAUCAAAGUCACCUGGUCCAAUGGGUCCACAGAAGUCAUAUACCGGCGGUACAGCAAGUUCUUUGACCUGCAGAUGCAAAUGCUGGACAAGUUUCCGAUGGAAGGAGGGCAGAAGGACCCCAAGCAAAGGAUCAUCCCCUUUCUGCCAGGGAAGAUCCUCUUCCGCCGGAGUCACAUCCGUGAUGUUGCGGUCAAGCGCCUGAUACCCAUUGAUGAAUACUGCAAGGCUCUGAUCCAGCUGCCUCCCUACAUCUCCCAGUGUGAGGAGGUCCUCCAGUUCUUUGAGACACGACCGGACGACUUGACACCCCCCAAAGAGGAGCCCAUUGGAAAGAAGAGGUCUGGGUUUAUCCAGAGAACGGCCUCUUUCCUGCAGAGAGCAGGAGCCAAGCUGCUGUGCGCAUCCGUGGCGGUGGUGGAGUUGUUUGGACGGCUCUGUGAGCAGGAAGGAGCUGACUCUGCAUCAGCCGACCCCUUGGUGCUGGAGCAGUAUGUGGUGGUGGCGAACUACCAGAAGCAGGAGAGCUCUGAGAUCAGCCUGUGCGUGGGCCAGUUGGUGGAUAUCAUCGAGAAGAAUGAAUCAGGCUGGUGGUUUGUGAGCACGUCGGAGGAGCAAGGUUGGGUGCCAGCGACCUGCCUGGAGGCCCAGGAUGGUGUCCAGGAUGAGUUCUCAAUGCAGCCUGAUGAAGUCCCACGGAGAUACUGGUCUCUGCCCAGGCACGUUGGCUGCCGUCGGACUCUUGGGGACUUGUACACCAGUGGAUGGGGUCAAGAGGAGAAGUACACCGUUAUUUACCCGUACACCGCCAGAGACCAGGAUGAAAUGAACCUGGACCGAGGGGCUGUGGUGGAGGUGAUCCAGAAGAACCUGGAGGGCUGGUGGAAAAUCAGGUACCAGGGCCAGGAAGGCUGGGCCCCCGCCUCCUACCUCAAAAAGGGGAAUGGAGAAAUGUUCUCGCCGAAGCUGGGGUCAGGCUCCUCCGCUCAUUCGUGUGCCUUGGAUCUGGAUGGCAUCUCCCGGCAGCAGGUCGUGGUGAGCCGAGAGAAGGAUGGGCUCGCUGGCCAAAGGGAUGGGAGAUUCGACAGCCGCCCCCUGCCCAAUGCUGACAUCCGACGCAAGUCACCAAAGAUGAGGCAGAGACCCCCUCCUCGCCGAGACCUCACCAUACCACGUGGUUUGAACCUGCCUAAACCUCCUGUCCCUCCUCAAGUGGAAGAGGAAUAUUACACCAUCGCUGACUUCCAGACCACCAUCCCUGACGGCAUCAGCUUCCAGGCAGGAAUGAAAGUAGAGGUUAUUGAGAAGAACCUGAGCGGCUGGUGGUACAUUCAGAUUGAGGAGAAGGAAGGCUGGGCCCCCGCCACGUUCAUCGAUAAGUACAAGAAAACCAGCAACGCGUCGAGGCCGAAUUUCCUGGCCCCGCUCCCCAACGAGAUGGCCCAGCUCCGGCUCGGCGACGCCACGGCUGACAGCAGCACCGGCGAGGAGGUGACGGGACCAUGCCGUCCCCUGCCAGAGGCUCCUCCUAAUGGUACGGACUGCGGUGGGAAGUGGGCCAAAGACUGGAAGGGGAAGGAGGCUCCCGAGAGUGGGGACCUGGCCCUCACCAGUGGCUAUGAGGAGAUCUUGGACCGCGACGCAGAGGAGAAGCCCAGCCUGCCACCCAGGAAGGAGUCCAUCAUUAAAUCAGAAGGCGAGUUACUGGAGAGGCAGAGGCCUCCCCCCAAGCCCCCAGGCAUGAUUUUGCCCAUGAUCCCACCCAAGCAAUCGGUGGCCCCAAAGGACAGCAAGAAGCCUGAGCUGAAACCAGAGAAGGGUAAACUCUUCCAGCUGAAAAACGAAAUGGGGCUGGAAUGCGGACACAAGGUGUCAGCCAAGGAGGUGAAGAAGCCAAACCUGCGGCCCAUUGUCAAGCCAACCAAGCCAAAAGCUGAGCCCGUGGAGGAGAAACCUGAGCCCAUUGCCCAGAAUCCAUUCUUGAAGUCAAGACCGCAGAUCAGGCCAAAACCUGCUGCAGCCCCCCGGACUGACCCAGCCCCAGCUGAUGAUAAACUUGACAUUUGCAGCCUGCGGAGCAAGCUCAGACCUGCAAAGUGCCCGGAGAAACCUUCUGAGCAGGACGCUGCUGCCGGCGAAAGUUCCUUGGCUAAUGCCACGGUCUCUUCAGAGGCUUCUGGAAGGUUUCAGGAGCGACCGAGCGUGGAGAGCAAACCCCUGCCCAAGGUGGACAGCCACGCCAUGAAAGAGGUGCUGCCCAAAUCUCCCCUGGGCCCAGCAAACACCCCCGGUGCCAGGGACCCCCCGCCGCAGCGCCCUGUUGUGCCACCCCGCAGACCCCCCCCUCCCAAGAAAACAGGGGCUCCUGCCUCUGGCCCCAUGGCGGAGCUCAGGGCCCCAGCACGGGAAGCACCCGAAAUCAGGUCAUCCCCAGUGCCGGGGAGGCCCAUGCUGGUUCCUCCGAAAGCCAAGCCAUUCCUCGCUGCCUCCAUCCAAGACGAAGCCAAAGUGAAAGGCAGCAUAAGCCCAAAGGUCAUAUCUAAGCCAGUGGAGAGAGGGGAAGCCAAGGAGAGGACCUCAGCCCCUGUCCCCAGUCCGGACAUCUCCAGGGAUGCUCUCUAUGUGGCAGUGGCGGAUUUUGAAGGUGAUGAGGAAACCAACAGCUUUAAAGAAGGGACUUUGUUUGAAGUUCGUGAGAAGAACAGCAGUGGCUGGUGGUUUUGCAAGGUCCUGACUGGGGGGCCGUGCUGGGAGGGCUGGAUCCCUUCCAAUUACCUACGGAAGAAGCCAUAGCGGCUCCUCUGCUUGCACAGCUAGAGGUUCCCUGGUCUCUCACCUAUUUAAUUAGCAGAUUAAUUUAUAGUUUUACAUGAGGCUGGCUUAAAAAAAAAGAAAAAAAAGAUAAUAAUUGAGAUCCCACACAUCCCAGCUGGUGGCUGUUGGAGGAGGCAGCUCGGCCUUCUCACCCGUGUGCUCCAACCCACCCUCCUCCCCAUGUCCCCCGAGUCUUUCAUCCCCGUGGCCGUGCUGGCAGCCCAGCCAUGCAGCUGGGGAUGCUCUGGCCAAGCUUCGUGGCAUACAGUGGUUACUGUGGUUCUCUGUGCUGGGGAGAUGGACCUUGAUAGACACUUUUUCCAUCCGUACAGGGAAUUAAAAAGAAAUGCGGCAGUAACCAGGGAGAGAAGUGAAGCGUGGCAUGGUACCGGCAAAGGAAAUCUGGCUGCACAACAUGAUUUGCCUUUCCCUGAGGCUCAGGGUCACAGUCAAAGGUUGUAGGUCAUGUUGCUUAGUCCAGGUGUGUAGCAGAGCCGUGGGGAGUGUGACACAGAGGAGGAGUGGCUGCUGAGAACAGGGUCCCUGUGUCUCCCUGUGCUGGUGCAGCCACAGGCGUUGUGCUCCGGUUAAGGGCUGCGCUUUGCUCCCUAUCCCUGUCCGUGCCACGGGACGAUCCCUUGAUCCUUCCCUGCUUUACGACAAGUGUUACCUUCAACAUCCUCCUGGUAGAAAAAAUGAUGCAGAAAAAUACACACACAGAUAUUUAACAGGUCCUCUCUGUGCUGAUCCAGGGCGCUAUGCAGGCUUCUCCCUUGCAGUGCUGCAGCCAAACGACAAGAGGCGUUUUGCUUUGGUAGCUGAAGAAUACUAUGCAAAGCACAGAGGACCAAAAUGACCCCCAAGAGCCCUGGAAAGGUGCCGCUUUGCCUUCCUUCCCACGCAGACUGCCCUGCCUGUUGGACUAAGGGGGACCACCCGUUCCUGGGACCCACAGUGCUCCCUGGGCUGACGGGCAGCAGCCAGGAGGUGGGUCCUUCCGUAGGUGCUGAUAUUACCAAGUGCAAUCCAGAAUGUGGGAGUUUGGCUCCUCAUCACAACCAAUUGUGAGGUGAGUCUGGUGCUCAGGGGCUCCCUGCCUUGUUCAUCACCCCAUCUGCCUGUCUUCCAGGUGCUUUCGCUUCAUCCUGCGUGGCGGGCUGGCUGGGGGGCUCCAGGUCAAGCAGGACUUGGAGUUUUUCUAUGCUGACUUUCCUGCCAAGCCUCGUCUUGCCCGCAGUGUUGCUUAACCCAGCAGGAAGAUGAGUGUGGAUGAGCUGUUAUUCCCCAUUGCCGCUUUCUUCCCUUCUGUACUUGCAGAUUCAGGGCCACAUUUGUCUCUCUGGAAGAGCUUUAAACCCAGUGCUUCUCAUGGUUUCUUGUUGACCAAACCCCUUUGCCCUUUCUAGUCUAAUUGCAAGUGUAAGUGCUGCAGCCGCAGCUCCACAGCCGCAUUGUUUUGCUGCUGAAAAAAAAUACAGUUUUCCCUCUAAUUUGAGGCUGGUAGAAUUAAAGGAGCGCUCUCAACUCCCCCAAGUGCUCAGUUCUUUCUCUGUCCCAUAGUUUCUUCCCUGGAAACAUGGAGUUGAAGAUGUCUCUGUGUACAGAAUGAAAAUGUUGGUGCCUCAGGCCAGGGUCAGUCUUGGAAGGAGAUGGGGCAGGUUGUCACAGCCCUGGUUUGAUCUGAUGGAGAAGUCCUGACCCAUCCCAGUCUGGCCUCAUAACCACAAAGCCCCCAGGCUGAUUUUUAGCUGUGGGAACGCGUACACCCCAGUUUCCUGCUGAUUUCUCUCCCUCCCACCUGCGGUUUUCUCCGGUGGCACAUCAGCCUCUCAUCAGGCUGACUCACCUGAGCUGGCAAUAAGCAAUACAUCUGCAACCUGAUGCCAUAGCAAAGUUUCUUGCAUGGCACAUUGCAAGGUGUUGAUGUGCUCCCGGGAGACUCGCAGGGUGGGCUGGGCGAACAACGCUGCCUUGUCUCGGCGCAUCUCUGGGGCCAGUAAAUCCCUUUUGCUUUGGAACGGAAUGGGGACAGGAUGAGUUAAAUCAGAGCUGCCCAGCAGCCAAAUCCAGCCCCACCGUAUCUGGGGAGGGGGCUGGACCUGCAUCCCCUUCUCUGGCAGGUUCAUGCAAGGUGUGGAAGGGCUGUGUGCCCUUUCUCCAUGGCACUGUCCUUGCUCUCUCUUUGCUGAAUGUCUCAGAAAAGUCUCUCCUUUCUCUGUCUCAGAGACCUCACUGCCCUCAGCUUUCCUCAGAGGGGACAAUGCUAUUUCUGUGGCCUCAAUACUAUGAAUGAGGGCUAUUUCUGCUUUCCUCCCAGACUGAACCUCAGAACUGGUAGUGCUUCGUUUUGCUGACACAAGUACUGUAUUUGGCUCAUUGAGCGUGUGACAGGAUCGCUCCCUUGUUCCCAAAGAGCUUCCAAGAAGGGUGGGUGCCCGAGGAGGGGGUGACCCUCGGUAGGGUGCCAACACCCACAGCCUUACCCCUUCCUACCACUCUUCCAAAUGCAAAGGGACCACAGGCUGGACAGCGGCUCCUCUCGGGAAGAUGCCAAGAGUCGUAGGGCUGGCAGGGCUUUGUACCCCUAUCAGACACAUGCCCCCCGGUUUGGAGGCCGCAUGUGCCCUCUGCCAGGAUGCUCUUCAUCUCUGUUCGUAUCGCAUCAGAAGUGGCCAAGCUCCCCGACUACCUCGUGAGGAGGCAGAGGGUGGCCAGGAGGCUCAGUACGCUGAGCUUGACCGCAGGGCACAUCACCCCAUCAGCCAAAGAUCAACCUCCCUCCUUGUCCAUCACCAGCGCAGCCCCAAAGCCGGGGCUCCUGGUGGGGGAGGCAUCACCGUGGCUUGGGGCAGAAGAGCUGGGUGUUCGGGGGUCCUGCAGUUUGGCACGAUCCCGGCAGGCUGGAGGCCCCCGCUGCGCCCCGCUCCUUCCCGCAGGCUCUCAAAGCCCGUCUGUCUGUCCGUGUGUCACGAUAUUAUGUAAGCGCGUAUAAAUCUACAUUACUGUGGGUGGGUGGUGGGGGGGAGAAUGGAAGAUAGAUAUAGCUGUGUAAAUGCCAUAUCUAUACUUUCACUGUUAGGGGACCGAUUUUUAUUGAUUAUUAUUAUUUGUCAGUGUUUUGGGGGGCUUUUGUGGUGGGGGGGGGGUGUUUUGUUUGUUGGUUUUCUUUUUUUAAGAAAUAAAAAGAAACUGCUUGACUGGUUUCAAGCACCCUGGUGAA